CAGUGGCACCUGGUGGCCAAACGGCACCACAAGCUACAGUCACCUCCUGAAGGAGAACUACACCUUCCUGGCCUACUACCAGCAUUCCUCCCCUGUGGCCCUCAUGUUCAUCCUGGCCUACACCUUCAUCUUCCUCAUGUGCAUGGUCGGCAACAUCCUGGUGUGCUUCGUCGUGGUGAAGAACCGCCAGAUGCGGACGGUCACCAACAUGUUCCUCCUCAACCUGGCCAUCAGCGACCUGCUGGUGGGCAUCUUCUGCAUGCCCACCACCUUGGUGGACAACCUCAUCACAGGUUGGCCCUUUGACAACACCAUGUGCAAAAUGAGUGGCCUGGUGCAGGGCAUGUCCGUCUCCGCCUCCGUUUUCACACUGGUGGCCAUCGCCGUGGAGAGGUUUCGCUGCAUCGUCCACCCGUUCCGGCAGAAGCUGACGCUGAGGAAAGCCCUGCUGACCAUCGCCAUCAUCUGGGUGCUGGCCCUGCUCAUCAUGUGCCCCGCUGCCAUCACCCUGACUGUCACCAGGGAGGAGCACCACUUCAUGGUGGACACCUACAACAACUCCUACCCUCUCUACUCCUGUUGGGAGGCCUGGCCCGAGACGGGGAUGAGAAGGAUCUACACAACCGUCCUCUUCUCCCACAUCUACGUGGCCCCGCUCGCCCUCAUCGUCGUCAUGUACGCCCGCAUCGCCUUCAAGCUCUUCAAGUCGGUGGCGCCUGCCCAUGGCCGGGAGGAGCCGGAGGGAAGGAGGAUCUCCCGCAGGAAGGCCAAGGUCAUCAACAUGCUCAUCAUCGUCGCCCUCUUCUUCACCAUCUCCUGGCUGCCCCUCUGGACGCUGUUGCUGCUGACGGACUACGGGUGGCUGAGCGAGGGCCAGCUCCACCUGGUCAUCGUCUACGUGUACCCCUUCGCCCACUGGCUGGCCUUCUUCAACAGCAGCGCCAACCCCAUCAUC